CAACCAAUUUAUUUACUGUAACAUUAAUUUUUGUGUUACUUCAGUUGUUUUCUGUGAUCAGGCGGCGUUGAAGUUUGUGUAUCUGUAGGAAAGGAUUGGAACUUCGUUUGAUGUCAAGAAUGCCGAAACCUCUUGUUCUUGCCGGGCCAUCAGGCUCUGGAAAAAGCACCCUUAUGAAAAAGCUGAUGAGUGAAUAUCCUGGUGAGUUUGGAUUUAGUGUAUCGCACACAACACGUACGAUGAGAGCCGGUGAGAAGGAUGGUGUGGAUUAUCACUUCACGACCAAGGACGAGAUGAAAUCUGCUGUUGCUCGCGGGGAGUUCAUUGAGUCUGCUGAGUUUUCCGGCAAUAUGUAUGGAACGUCGAUCAAGGCUGUCUCAGACGUUGUUGAAAGAGGCCUGGUCUGUUUGCUGGACAUUGAUAUGCAAGGAGUGAGAUCUGUGAAGAAGACUGAUCUAUCCCCUACGUAUGUGUUAAUCAAAGCAGCAUCAAUGGAGGAACUGGAAAAACGUCUCCGGGGACGUGGCAGUGAGUCAGAGGAGAGUCUCACCGCUAGGCUGACUGCUGCGAAAGAAGAACUGGAUUUUGCUAUGCAGCCUGGCGUAUUUGAUCAUAUUGUUGUCAAUGACGAGCUGGAAAGAUCAUACGGUGAGUUUGUCGGCAUCGUUCGCAAACUCUACCCUCAUCUUAAAUCAUCCUAAUAGAGAUGCUCACUAAAUCAAACUGAACAGUGUGUGAACUUCUCUUACGGAGCGAACAGCCAAAGUGCACAACAGAGAACAGUGAAUGGAUAGGUAGAUGUGCUGGGACAAUGUCUGAAUAGAACCUGUUGAUCCUGAAAUUCAGAUUAUUGCUGCUUUUUUUUCUCUAACAUAUACACGUAGACUUCCAUUUCCCAACUACUAGUACAUGACUGGGUAUAUAAUAAUUAUAAUGCAGGCCUUGCCUGAUAGGUAACAUGUUUUCACGGUGACAGCGUGAACAAGUUUCCCAUACAGUGUGUCCUGCCUUGUUCACGCUGUCACCGUGAAAACAUAGUACAUGACUUGUUUGUAUAACUAGUAGUUGGAAUGGGCUUUUUUUCGCUGAUGACCAUCAUUCAAUAAAAACAUCAGCGAAUAUUUUUUCUCUUCAUCAAAAGACUAAUCUGGGGGUCUUCUUCGGAAUUAGCUACUAGUACUAUCAUGUAUUUCCCUCAGCUUAUGAAUAUCAUGUAUUUACUUGUUGCUAGGCUUAUUUAUUGCCAUUUUUACAAUGUGCAGUUGGUUGUGCUUUCCAGCAACUUUUGAGAUUACUAUAAGAACACUCAUAACACUUUGCCGUGUUCUGCUUCUCAAAGGUGGGCGAUGCUGUUAUGGCCCUCUAUUGACUCGUGGAUCUAACACAUAAUUUGUUUGCUACUCUUUUCUUGCUCUGCAUUGCCAUGCUACUUAGCGCUGCAUUUCAUGUCAGUGUACCUACCACCGCUGCGUUGUGUUAGUUAUCCCAGGUGCAUGUACAUGUACAUGUUGUGAUGAUUGGAGCUAUUACUAGUACAGUCGUCCCUCUCUAAUCCGGCACUUGUUUAUCCAGCACCCUUGCAAACCAGCACACUUUCUGGCAAAACGGAUUUUUUCACUUCAUUUUCUACGCUUUAAUCCGGCACUUGAAUUCCGCCCCCGGCAGCGAUAUUCUGCAACAAAUCACUCAAACUGUACAUAAUUUGAUUUUCUAAUCCAGCAGUUGUACAUCGCA